CACUUGAACAAAGCGUCAUUAAUUCGUUGAUCUUUGAGAAGGUCACUUGUCAUAUCACCAUGAAGUAUAAACCAACAUUUUCUAAUUCAAGUACUCGUUAUUUCCAAAAGCUGACCCAAAACGUUUACAUUGUUACCGCAACAAACUUUUGGUUUGAAGAUGUUAAAUUACCUAAUCGUUUUGUGAAAGUGUACAACUCUCUUUCAAAGUUUCUUGAAGCAAUCAUUGUCGCACUAGCUAUUACCGCAGUUGGCGCAGGCUAUUCUCAAAAAAACUUAACACAGAAGCAAAACACUGAUACAUUGAUGAAGAGUGUUCCAAACCUUUUUGUAUACAUCAUGUACGGAUUUAUCGUCUAUAACAAAGAAGAAAUUAAAAAUCUUCUAUUCUCAUUGACGGUAUCAUUAAAGGAAAUAUACAAUGAUGAAAUAGAGAGGCAAAUGAUGAUGAAGAUCAGACUGUACAUGGCAGGUUCCAUAUUUGUUGGGUCCUGUCCAAUGAUUGCAUAUGGGGUAGAAGCAGCAUUUCACGUUUUAACGUCAAAUGCUACAUUUACAACGUUAAUUCCAAUCUGGCCAGAUCUAGAAGAUAGACGGCUCGUUGCUGGCUUCGUCCGAAUCUUAAUCUACAUAGUCUGGUUGCUUUUAAUUGCCCACGUUGUGGCCAUUUACUGUCUCAUGAUUUCUAUUUCCAUCUGUCUCAGUUAUCAAUUCGCAAACCUUUACGAGUACUUCUUAGAUCUUAAUAAUAUCUUUGACGAAGAAGAUAGCCAAGAAGAUCAAGAGAAAAGAUACGAGGAAGCUGUAAAAGUGGGAAUCAAAAUGCACAACAUUAUCUUAAGAUGUGUGAACCAGUUACAAUCAUCCUGCAAAGUAGUCUACGGAGGCCAAAUUCUUAUCAACGUCUGCGUGUUGGCGCUGCUAAUGAUCCAGAUGAUGCAAACUGAUCGCUCAUUGGUGCAACUGGCUCCAAUAGUAUUAUCGGCCAUCGCAGUGUUAGUUACUUCUGGUUUGUUCAUAUUGAGCGCGGGUGACAUAACUCUUGAAGCGGAGCGGCUACCGACUGCCAUGUUCCAUUCAGGCUGGCACAACUGCAGACGGCAGUCCUCUGUGCGAGUGCGGAAAUUGAUCACAUUCGCCAUGAUGCAAGCUCAGCACGUCGUGGUAAUUAAAGGCCUCGGUGUAAUCGAACUGUCGUACAACAGCUAUAUUGCGAUAGUGAAAUCAUCUUAUUCAGUAUUCUCAAUAAUUUACUGAAUUCUCAAUAAU